AUGGUGAUCAGAGGGAAACUAUCCGGCGAGUUGUUUAUUUUUAACAUUUUAAGUGUUUGUUUCACUUUAGUGGAUUCAAACUUCAACGUGGAGGAAAUAUAUGGUGUUAAGUAUGGAUUUCAGAUUUCUAAGGAGCCAGUUCUCUUGAAAGAGGUAAGCUUUCAGAGAACUUUCUAUCCGCCAAUGGUGUAACGCAACGUUUGUCAAUUUAUUUUGCUUUGAUAAGCUGCUUCGAACAAGGAGCGGGCACCUGCAGCUGCAGAUGGAGAGACGUCGGAAGAUUUUAUUAUUAAGCGGAUUCCAAUUUUUCACUUAAGAUGUUUUGAUUAUCAUUACAGUUUUUUUCAUUGUGAUCUGGAUUAGCAGAUCUUUGUACUUAAAGAUGAUUUAUGCAUUCUCUUACUUUUAAUUAAAGUUAACACUUGGGUUGUUGUGAUUGGUGCAUAGCUAACAACAUCUCUAUCAUAAAAAUUGAUCAGGAUUUCAUCGUAUCAUCGCAAUAGUGAACGUUCUAAGUUCGGUUACCCUUUUACUCCCAAGAUCUGAUUGUUAAUUCUGCUCUGUAGCUGCUACACAUUUCCUUGUAAGUUAGUAACAAGAAGUGGGUUUUAUAUGAAGGUAACAACUUGUACCUGAUAUGUUUGAGUAUUCUCAUUACCUGUUUGCAUGAUAAUGUAUGAAUAUUACAGGGAGAAGUUACAUGUUAAUCACUUCUGGGAGUUAAAGGGUUAAGGAAAUCAGCAUAACUUUGUCUUGGAUUUGAAUAUUUUAUUAAUAUCUAUUAAUAAACAGAUCACUGCCCAGCUUGUGUGAUGUGAUUAUGAAUUUAUUCUCAUUUGCUUUUUUCUUUUGUGAGUAAUAUUGUCAACACUUGAAGAUAAAAUUUGCAUCCACAUGUGAAUUUUCAUCAUUCACACAAUACAUGUCCGCUUCUCUGGAAAAAACAUUAUCUAUUGUUUUUGUAAGUUAGAAAAUAAUGUUGUAAAUAAUGUCACAUCUAUUUCAGAGUUCAGAACUUGGAAAUACAGUGUUAUUAUCAUCCAAGCAUGGACAGCAAUAUCAGUGUGUUCUACCAAAGCUUGAGAAUUUAGAUAAAAAGGAUGAGGAUAUCCAACAUAUAUCUAAAGAUGAAAUUCCUCAGCUUCUAGAACCAAUAAAGAAAAAGUGUUUGUAUAAUGUAAGUGCUUGUAUGCCUUCUUGAAACUAUUUGUACAUUAGGAUAGAGAAGCCAUCUGGUGUAAUAAUUGUAAUUAGAAAACAAUUUACAAGAAUUUCAGUAACUUUUUCCAUAAAUAGCUUCAGAUGGUGUCGUAGGUGGCUGUGCCGUAAGGCUGAAUCCCAAGCACAAGGGCUUACUUGAGGUCUUAUGAGUGGUUGUAGAUUGCAGGUAUCAGGCUUUUAUUAAAAUUGCCAGGUUUCUGGGCUUGAUAAGCUCACAUUUUAGAGCACGGUACUGCCGUGUGGGACAUUACAGGCUCAAGCCUCAUACCAGACCAACACUCAGGGUGUUAAAAUAACUAAGAGAAUGUGCUGCCUUUACUUUGCAGUCAGCAAAAGAUUAGACAUUCUAGUCUUCUUGGGAUAAGGACUAAAAGCUGUAGGCCCCAUCUCCUGCCUCUACUCUGUACUGGUUAGCAGGGGACAUUAAAGAGCUCACGCUCUUCUUGCAAGAGAAGGGAAUGUAGUUGCGGGUGUUGUAGUCUGGCCUUGUCGUUGUUUAUACAGGCCUCCAUUUAACCAGCUUCAAGCUGAACUUGGCCAGCCUGUCUAAAUAUUGCAAAUACUUACAUACAUACAUUAAUUGAGAGGGUACUUAAGUUGACAAUCUGUGUACAAGGCUGAUUUGAGUUUAGAUGAGGUUGGUCAGAAAUUUCACAAGAAAAUUUUUAAUGGAUGACAAUGUAUAACUAGAAAUGUAAAAAAUAGGGCUUGGCUUCUUAGAAAUUUAGAUCCAUGUUUCUCUGAUUAGUUGUUUGUUCAUGUCAGACAACUUGAAGCCAUUUCAGGAAAUAGUUGAAUAUUUAAAGUUAAUCAGGAAGUACUGAUAAAAUUAAAUAUUAAAUUGUGGAAAGCUAAUAUCAGUCAAAGUAAUUGUUUUCUCAUAAUAUCCUCCAAAAUUCAAUUGUGUUGAAUGAGAAGGACAGUAAUUUAAAUGAAGAUUUUGUAUUUGUAUUAGAAAUUAAAGGAGGUGAAUCAUUCUUUAUUUGUGUUGAAAAGAAAAUCAAUAAUUUUGUUAAUCAUGAAUUCAACCCUUUAACCCCUAAGAUCUGAUUAUUAAUUUUCCCCACGAGCUGCUAUACAAUUCCUUGUAAAUUAGCUACAAGACUUUGGUGUAAGAUCAAGAUGACAACUUCUACCUGUUAAGUCUGAGUAUUCUCAUUAACCGUUUGCUGGAAACAUACUGAUAUAAUAUGGAGCAGUUAGAUGUUAGUCACUUGUGGGAGUUAAAGUUUUAAGUACAUGUAUUAAUUGUAACUUACUUGUAAAUGUGUGUAUGCUUCCCUUUUUUUAUAGAAUAAAGGAUGGUGGACAUAUGAAGUAUGUUUUGGAAAAGGAAUUUACCAGUAUCACAUGGAAGGUCAGAAUGAGCACCAGGCAGCUCACAUGUGUACAUGUUUCAUUUAUUUUGUUUAUUGAUUUUGGGUCGAAUUUGCUUAUUUUAAGUAGCACUUGUAUUAAUUAUUAUAUAUUCAUCAAAAAGUAUCACCUUUUCAUUUUCUUAACACCUUUUCCUGGAAAAGGAGGGUGAUAUUAUAAUGUCACAAGAUUAUCGCAAUGUCUGCAAGGCCAAGGAUUUCAGCCUCUGAAACAUCACACAUUGAGAUGGCUUGAAUAAAUCAAAACUGCAACACUUAUCAAAUCCAACCUUAUAAACUUUAAGGGAUGCCUGAUAAAAAGCCUCAAGUGACCUCUGAUAAGUGUACUGCUAGAUUUUCCUUUGAAAUUGGUCUGUGUUCCUUUAAGAAACACAGGAGAAGUUUAUUUUGUAUUGAAAGUCACUUAAUACAUCCCUUCAGUGAACCUUUUUAUCAUUACAACAGGAGUUGGAAUGUGAUGGAGUGGUGUUGUUGCAUGCUUUCUUGAAAAUCUCCUCUGAACAUAAACCUCUUAAUAAAGAAGGAUUGUCAAGCAUAUCAAUAUUUUCUAACCAAAUAGGUGUUUCUCCAUUUCAGCAAAUAAGGUUGUUGGUGAUAAAAUUUCCUUGGGAGUAUUUAGUAAUGAGACUGAUUGGAGUCAGGAGAAAAUAUACCUUAGAAAGGUAAAAACUUUUAUGGAUGUUGAAUGAAUUGGUUAACAACUCUGUUCAAUCUCCAUUUACAAAUGUUUGGCCAGUCUUUAAAUCUGCUUCUAAUUACAGCUUUAAUAUAGCACUCCAAGGGGCCAUUGUUAUGGUUCCCUUUGCAUGUGAAAAAAAGUUUUCAUUUGAAAUUUAAAUAAAAAGUGGCUAAUCUGGCAAUCUGUAUUUUUGACCAUGUUAGUAGCAAUUCUUUGUUUUUUCUAUCUUGGUGUUAAUGGUUUAAAAUUAGAGCAUGAUGCACAGAAGUACAUUGUUAUGGUAUAUUUUAACAGACAGUAAAAUCCCACAAACUUGGACAGCUACUUUAUUAAACAAUUAUUCUUAUUUAGGAGUGACUACAAUAGACAAUAAAUGAUUAUCCUCAAUAGGUCCUCUAUAGAUUACGCCUUAGCUCACCACUGACACAAACCCACACUUAUCUCCAAAGUUCCUUGAAAUGAACAAUCUUUCACAGUGGCUCCCUCUCUUGGUAUAGCAUUCCAAACAGUCUGUUCUAGAAGGUUCCAUGGUAUGCAAGUCAGCAUGUGUAAGACUAAGUGCUUUCUCUCUUUUUUCCUCCAGGAAAAACCAAAACCAGGAAAAAGUUCAGUGGCUAAAAAAUAUCAUUCCCAGUAUUAUGUGAAUGGUACUCAGUGUGAUUUGACAGGAAAAGAAAGAGAAACACAAAUUAAGGUACUGUAGCUGCAGUAUUUGUCACUUUGGUUUAAAUUGUUUACCUCUAUUUCUUCUUUCUUUUCCUUGAUUGAUUUUAAUCUUCAUCCCCCUUGCUAGCUCUUCCCUUCCUUUUCCCUUCCUUUUCCCUUCCUUUUCCCUUCCUUUUCCCUUCCUUUCCCUUCCUUUUCCCUUCCUUUUCCCUUCCUUUUCCCUUCCUUUUCCCUUCCUUUUCCCUUCCUUUUCUCUUCCUUCUCCCUUCCUUUUCCCUUCCUUUUCCCUUCCUUUUCUUUCCUUUUCCCUUCCUUUUCCUUCCUUUUCCUUCCUUCCUUCUUCCUUCCCUUCCUUCCUUCCUUCUCCCUUCCCUUUCCCCUUCCUUUUCCUUCCUUCCUUUUCCUUCCUUCCUUUUCCUUCCUUCCCUUCCUUUCCUUCCUUUUCCCUUCCUUUUCCCUUCCUUUUCCCUUCCUCUUCCCUUCCUUUUCUCUUUCCCUGUGUAAGCUUUCUUUCUGCCAUUUAUGUAUUGUUUUCUGCUGUCUUUAUUUUGGAAUAUUUCUUUUCCCCCUAAUUCUUUCAUUUCUGUGUUCCCACAGUUUCUUAAUUUCUUGAUUCUAUCAUCUCAAAGUAUGCCUCUUCUACAGUUCAUCCCUUCCCUUUUUCUGCUUUUACCUUCAUUUAUUCGUUUUUUAUUCUUAUAUGUUCCUCUGCUCCUCAAUUUCUCUGUCUCUGCAGGGAAACCAAGCUGUCUACUUGUUUUCCUCAUUCUGUUGUGUUCAUUUUUAACUCGUGAAUUGCGCGCAUGCGCAAGAGCGAGUUAUAGAUACGAUGUGGGGAAUGGCAUUCGCUCGAUUGGUCGAUUCCUGUAAACUUUUUUUAGAUUUUAGGCUUUUGAGUGCAUUUGAUAGUUUUUGGCGAGCAAUAAACAGACGAAAUGGCGACCUUUGUUGCUAAGAAUAGUGGUGGGGUGAAAAAGAAGCCAAUGAUAAUCUUAAAAGAGUUUUUUUUUUCGUUUUAGUUUCAACAAGCGGCGCCAGCGACUGGCAGGCAUGCAAGGAUUCACACUGAAAUAACAGAACAACCUUCGUUUUUCAUAAAAUUGUAAUUUACAAUCCUUGAACUUGAAAAAAAUCCGAAGAUUCAUUGAAAAUAUCACUUACUGCGAAGCGCUCGGAGUUUACAGAUGUUCAAAAGCUUUUUCUGUUAUAGCAUGAGAUUGAGGACAAAAUUGAUCGUUACGUUUCGUUGCGUGUGUUUUUCCUGUGUGAAGCAACAGAAGAUGCCGGCGACUGACGAAAUAACAAGUUAACACGAAAAUCAAAUAACACCUAAACAAACAAUUUUAGCUACCGAUUUUCAGUGAAUUUUUAAAGAACAAUUUUCUUUUAAGUUUCAAGACAAUUUGAAGAUUCAACAUACAUACAACGUACUAAAAUGCAAAGUUACACACCACGAAAUUGAUAAAUAGGCCUGAAAUGAAAUUCUAUCUUGUUAUUGAUUAUACGUUGCCUAGCACGUGACUUAAAUCUACCCAGGCGGAGAUCCAAAAUGACGGUGGCAGGCCUGGCUUAGUUAUAUCACUCAAAACUCGUUCCUGUUUGUCUCAUUUGAUAAAGAGGGAAUCGUUAAUGUUUUCAUUAAGACAGUAUUGCCUUGAUUUUCUAAUAUUUACAACGAAAGAAAGUAAAUUUCACUUUUCACCCACAUUUACUUCCAACCUUUUCUUUUGAACCAGAAACAAAAAUGAUAGACGUUUAAAACACAUGACAUCAUCCACCUUGUCAAAUGUAAUAGCAUGAUCAUUUCAAUUGUAAUGCCUUCUUAUCCCAACGUUACUUUGUUUCUUUGCUACAUUAGCGAACACUGAACUACUGCUCGUACUCUAGAUACGACAAUCAAUUCCCUAAACCAGAUAACAUAAAACAUAGUCUAAAAAAUCAUGUGUCAAUUCACGAGUUUGCUCACAGAGCACUUUGAUGUUAAAUGCUUCCACAUUCCUUGGCUCUUUGUGAGACUCUCUGUUUUCAUAAUUACUUUCUUGUUUUCAGAUAUUCUGCGACGAAGAUAGAGCAGAUUUUGUAGUAAGAGUGGAUGAACCGUCGUCCUGUUCCUAUGUGAUCACAGUACACACCAACAAGCUUUGCAAACACAACUUGUUCAGGUCCUCCCAAGUACAGGAACCCCAGUCUAUUACCUGCUCUCCAGCAUUAUCAGAGGAACGAUAUAAAAUUUAUGUAGAAAGAGUCGGUGAGUAGUUUCAAUCAGGGAACUUUUUUCAGAGUAAGUGUGUCAACGUUGUGUAAGUCGUUUGAAAAUAAGAUGUGCGGCAUAACCGAAGCUGAUGGCAUCCCAUUGCUACUCUUGUGAUGUUUUAUCUUAUAAAUUACAGAAUCACGAAAAAAGGCUCAAGAGGAGGCCAAAGCUGCCAAAGAAGCUGAAAACAGAGCUCGAAAAGCAAGAGCUGUAGAGAAAGUAGAAGGUGAAGAUGAAAUAGAGGACGAUGAUGAAGAAGUCUUUGAUACAAAGAAUACGAGAUCAAAGCGAAGCCAAGUGUGGCCAUGGGAAAACCCUGGAGUUGAAAGUGAGGAUGAGGUUUGGAUUGAUGGAAAAAUCGAGCAGGACAAAAUUGAUGUGCACAGAUUGGACAUUACAAAGGGGCGCAAGAAAAAUGCAAUGGGACAUCUUGAAAGUGAAGGUAUCACCAUCAUGAGUCAAAAGAUACACAGGAAGAGACAACCUGUCAUGGAAAGGUAAAUGUAAUGAGCUGAUACAAUCUAAUGCUCGUUACUGAUUCUCUUACAAAUUUUUUGAAUGCGUUUUGUGAGAGAUCCGGCCCUUUAUUUUGCCCAUGUUAGUUUGAAGGGUGUGGAUGCGGCAUGUCCAUGUUUAAGUUAGAAAGAAAGUUUCGGUCUUCUUUGCGAACCUCCUUGGCUUUUUUUUGGAAAGACAUGUACCAUCUCAGAUUUUGAUCUUUGAUCUGAAUAUUAACUACUGUAACUGUUGAAUAUGGGUGUCGUUAUAGCACAUUCUUAAUUUUAGAGGGAAUCUCCUUCUUACUUCUACAGCAGGUCCUUAUUUCGCUAUUUUCUUACAGACAAACAGGAGACGCUGAAGAGAAAGAAGAAAAUCCUGCCGAAGAUGAAAUGAAAGAAACGCCGGAUAAAGAAGAAUCAAAGGAGUCAAUUGAGGGGACGGAGAAAAGUAUCGAGAAAGAGGAAAAUGUUGACGGUAAUGAGAUGGAGAAGGCUGUUGAAGGAGCUACUGAACAAAACAACAAACAGGGGGUUAAGGGAGAUGAAGGUAUUCCAGCGGAAGGAAAGAAAGAGGAGGCCAUUGAUGUGGUCAGCAAAGAAGGUGGAAAAGAAACAACUACAACAGAGCAAAGUUUGGAUGAGGAAUGGAGAAAUAAAGUGGAUGAAGAAAUUCUUAAACUGAGAUCUACUUUGAAAGAGAAAUUAAGCAAGUUUGGUUUCAAUCCUGAAGGUGAAUUAUGGUAGAUUUUUGUGAUUAGAAUUAUCAUCCAUCCACUUUUUUGUUAGCUUGUAUGGGAACUCAUUCGCAUCACUAAAACCGAUUUUAAGCUUGAGGUUUACAUCAAGAACAAAUUGCAAAAAGAAACGCUGAUCUUGUUCAUUUCUCGUAGUAGAUUUAGCAGAAAUAUUGAGCAAAUCUGCUACUUUCCUAAAAUUCAAUUGUUUUUACAUCUAAAUGAACAAAGAGCCGGAAGAAGACGGCAGAAAUUUAAAUUCUUUCAUUGCCUUUUUACGUAAAGAAUCAUUCUAAUUCUUUAGAUUGAGCCGUAGUCUAGUGCGCUAGCAAGGUGUUUGUCGAAGCCAGUCAGGUGUCAAAAUAAUGGGCAAAUCUGCGAAAGUUAGUCCAAACUUUUCCAAUUGAUUAUCUCAUUCUAUGGCUCUUUGCCGUCACAUAUACUCAUCGUCCUUCCAGGGUUAUUUGUGUCAGUCGUUAGCGAAUACCGAUCUAGUUUGGAUAAUGUUUUACUUCAGUCUGUAUUUUCUGUUCCUCGUCGAUGGUCAAAUCUUGAAGAUAUGUUUUUUUUCGUUAUGGCCUUCAGCACCUUAUAUUUUUGUACCUUUACUUUUUUUUUUGACUGACAGUGUUGGAUAAGAAAUUCGAGGAGAAAUUUGGAAGUGUGGGAAACCGAGAAAAGGGGAAGGAUGCUGCCGACAGUCAGAUUGGAACAGAAAAUCAUGAAGAUGAAAAAAUUGAUGAGAAAGACGAAAAACUUGAAGGUGAGGAUGAGGAUGAAGAUGAAGAUGAAGAUGACGAUGAAGACACGCCACAAAAGGAACAGCAGAAGUCAAAGCCUAACAUAAAUUUCUUUGCGGAAUCACUUAAAGAGUUUCAGAAGGUUUGUUCUUUGUUUCCUCACCCAUCAGCUCCCAGAAGCGGUUCACAGUUUCAAUGGUUAUCCCGCAAAUAAGUGAUGAGAGUGGACUAGCUUAUCGGGUUGCGUUAUCUUGAUGCAACACCAAAUUCUCUCAAGUAUUGUACAAUGAAAUGUUUUGUAGCCUGUAGGGAGAAUAAGAGACUACUCAGCUUUUUAGAAUCAAAGGUUUAAAAAGCUAAAUUUGAUGCCUUUAAAUGGCAAAUGAUAGCCCUUAUUCAUACAGGGUCGACUCGUAAAUAUUUCUUUGGAAAGUUAUGCUUUUAUGCAAUUUUUUUUCUGGAAAUAAGACAUUACUCUUCUACAAAGAAUCGAAACAUUUUUCUAACUGUUUAAGCUAGCUAGAAGCUACAGCUUUUCAUGAAAUAACUGAGAUACUGCCGGCGCUCUGAUCGGUCAAAAACCUUUUGAUCGUUUACUGCACUGGUAAACCCACUGAAAAUUGAAACACGCUGUGUUUUGUUUUAAGUUUAUGUCAUAACAGUAAUAGACCGCACUUUCUACCGGUUUACCGUCGCUAUAUUGGAAGAACACGAGAAAAGUAUGUAAAUCACUCGCCGGAUCUCCUUUUUUUUCCUAACAUUCUGCGUGAGUUAUUGCGCCUGUGAACCGAUAGAAAGUUCCGUCUCUCGCUAAAAUAGCCCGAUUGACUCAAUUCGUUCUAUUGUUGACAGCUUUUUAGCGGGGGCAUGAUGAAGAAUUUGUUAGAAGCUGCCUCUGUAAUGCAAGCUGAGUUGGAAAAACAGUUUUACGAAGAACGCGCUCGAAUGAAGAGUGAAGUUGAAAUCGUUAAGACAAAGAUACAACAGAUCGAGGAGACAAAUGGUGGGAAAGACGAAGAGCUUGCCAAAACAUUGAGCAAGAUAAAGGAUUCCAUUGAACGUUUUGAGAAAACCAACUUGUAAGUUACCAGGAAAUAGAUUUAUAAUGUAAUAAUUGAAAUGCCAAUGGUCGAAUUGUUGUUUUCGUUAUUUAUGGUUUACUUUGUGGUCGGUCGGUCGGUCGUCGUUUUUGCAGUCAAUCGCUCAGGCAUCUAGUCGGUCAACAACUCGUAUGGCAUUCUCCCCUAGACAGUUUAUUGUAUCAGAUUCACCUUGUUUGUGUGACAGUAAAAUAAUAAUGGUUGUUUCUACUUCCCACGUUUGAUAUCAAGUUGAAUCGAUCAGCAUCUCCGAGCAAAUUAACUUCCUUUGAAAACUGUUUAUCUCUUCUUUGGUGGUUACUUGUAUGAUUCUCACAAUAUGUCAGCAUGUUUAUGCGUCAAUGUUCUAGAGAAAAGUUCAAUCUUAAUUCAAAUUCGUGUUCUUAUCUCUCUUAGGCAACUAGAUGAUGACAUGGAGGCAAUCAAAGAACUCAAUAAAGAGAUAUUCAAUAUGAUAGGGAGUAAAGAUAAACCAGCCGCGAAAGGCGACUUGCUAGAACUUUCUCUUAGGAGCAACAAACUUUUGAAGAAAAUUCUUUUGCGGCGAUUCCAGCUGGACCAAGACUUAGAUUAUAUCACAAAAAUGAGAGGAAAAAUUUCUGGUGACAAAGAUGCCGAGGAGGAGUCGAAGGAUAAGGCGCAAUUUUUGCCAACGAAAGGUGGUAUUGAUAAAGUGGUGAACAAGUUGAAAACUAUGAUCCAAGAUCUGGACGUGAACAGUAAAGUGAAUGCAAAAGCUGCAGAUUUUGGGGAUGAAGGCAGUACGGAAAUAAACUCUGCCAGUUCUACAAUUGACGACGUUGACGAAUUAAAGUCAUCAGAAUCGUCUGAUGAGAGCGACACGAAAACAGGAGUCAAAGUUAAAGUGUCAAAGGUUAAGAAAGUAUUCGUUGGCGACGAUGAAGACUCCGAGAUGGAAGAAGCAGAUCUUGACGAUGAAGAGAUGGAAGAGUUAGGUCUCCAAAAGCGAAUUCGUAUGGCUACGAAGAAAAUGGAAGAACUUGUCAAACAGCAGCUGAAAGACUCAGGAGUGUUGCCUUCAGGUAUGACAAACUUAAUUAGAAUUAAGAAAAUACUUGAAGAUCUGUAAUGUUCUUUGUCUGCAGCCAGUGCUUGGACAUGCUGUAGUUUCUUCAACUCUUUCAAUCCCAAGAAUGUCCAGAAAGGAAAGAUGAUGAGGAGACAGAAAAACAAUAACCAGGAACAUUGUUUGAUUUAAUACUACAUUCUCCAAACUUAAUACUUUUCAUCUUGGUAGUGAGUGGGUUGAUGCUUUCCUUGCGACCUUGCGAAGUGGAAGGAGCUACAUCAUGAUAUUCAUUUGCUUUGGGGGGGGGGGGGGGUACUCACGAAGCUACCCAACACUUCAAGGACACUGCAAAAUAAUACAUCAUUUAUUUGAAGAAAUAAUUAAAAAGGAAUGAAGAAGGUUAACCAUAUUAUAAUUGAUAACGCACUUAAUAAAGUGGAGAUGUCCAAACAGUAACGUGUUUUCUUCACUUAAGUAUAAAUCUUGACAUGUAGUGUAAUCAUGUUUAGGCAAGAUAAAAGUCAAGAUCGUAACAUCCAAAGACGCUCUGGAGAAAAUGGAAGGCAAAAGCGAUAUGAAGUUACUCAGUGACGAUGAAGAAAAUCAAUUUAAAAACAUGAUCCUUGGUCUAUUGGUGAGUUAAGAACACGAAACAUUUUAAAAAUAGUACAAAUGAACGAAAAAGCGUCCAAUUUUCAAUUUUCGGUUUCAGGCACUGAUCUGUGUCUGUUGAUAACGACGCACAAGCGGAUGAGCUGUUAUACCGGUUUCGAAAUAAUGGAGAGCUUUUAAACAGUUUAUAAUCUCUUGAAAAGAAAAAGGAAAAAAAAAAAAGAUCUGGCAUAUAUCCCCGUUCACAAGAGUGACAAAUGAUGCACGUCAUUCCUUUAAAAGUAACGUACCAGGUGUAACUGACUUCUCCCUGUUUUUGUGGUCGAACAGUCACGUGUUCAUAUUCUUUGCUAGACUUUCAAUCGGUACAUUAGUACCACUUAGAAAAUCGACAGUUUGAAUAAAUAAGUUUUUGAAGGUUAUACCGAUAUAUUUUAAUUGAACCUCAUUGGUCAAUUUUCUUUUCCUAAUCUCUCAGGGAGGUAGUCCUGACGCUGGGAAAGAAAGAAAGCGUCAACAAGACUUGGAAAACAAUUACAAUUUAGUUUGGAAUGAGGACGAGCUGCAGACAGUGCCGAGGGAAGAUGAUGAAGCAGAUGGGGAAGUGGAAGUAGAAUCAUUUUAGCCACAAUCAAACUUUUGCACUCCUCAUCAAGAAAGAUCUAAUCGUCUUGUCACGAGCGUAUGACAAAGAAAAAAUCGGAGUGUUCCUAGAAAUAGAACCUCAGACAUUUGGAUUUUGCGCUCCGAUGCUCUACCACGCAUGUACUCACCUUAGAGUUGCCUUGAACUCAACGAUAGAGCAUCACGGCGCGAAAUCCGAAGGUGUGGAGUUCGAUUUCUCAUGGGGACUCCACAAGGCAAAGGAAAUCUUAAUUCCAAGGUUGAGAUCAAAAUUUGUCCCAUUUGUUGAUGUUCUACAGACGUAGGAGAAAAUUUUUGAGAGAAAUAAUUUCACUUAUCCCGACUUAUACUUCAGCUCUCUACUGAAAUCCUUCUGCAGUUACAUUAAUGUUCAAAAUGGCAGAAAUGAUUUGUUUUCUGUAGCAUACCCCUCCAUCCAAAGGGAUCGCCUUUGGAAAAAGGCCAGUACGCAGCAUUGAGGCGUGCUGUAUGUUAAUCUUCUUCUAUGGCACUUAACCAAUCCACUAAGACAACACCGUAUUUGUUGUUUAAGUCAAUUUGUUGUCUCUGAUGCGGGAAGGAAUUUCCGCUAAGAGCGCACGGUGACCUGUUACGAAAAUUAUCAAGACAAACACUCACUUCUGGCGCUGUCGGAUUGACAAAAAAAGAAAACGAGUUUUAUUUCAAAUAGAGUAUGUUAAACAAAAGUAUUUAUUGUAGAGUUUGUAUAACUUUAGAUUGUAAAAGUCAACCGAAUACAACAUAUUGCUCUGCACGCGCUUUUUAUGCGUGAAAAAAAAAUCUCAUGAAUA